AUGAUUACAGCGCAUGUCCAUCUCACUACAUGCAGAACCAGCUUCCUGACCAGACUGGGUCAGAGAGCAAAGAUUCAGCAAAAAUGGCAGACGGAUGUGAAGGAAAACUGCAGCUGGUCCAUAGACACAUCCGAGCUUUCCCAGACUUUCCAAAGAAAGGGAUCCUGUUCAGAGAUAUUUGUCCCAUCCUGAAGAGUCCAGCUGCUCUUACAGCAGUCAUUGACCUGUUUGAAGAACGUGUGAGGAGCCAUCACCAGCAAGUGGAUCUGAUCGUAGGUUUGGAUGCACGUGGUUUCCUGUUUGGGCCUCUGCUUGCCCAGAGGCUGGGUGUCGGCUUUGUUCUGGUCAGGAAGAAAGGAAAGCUGCCUGGACCUACUAUCUGUGUGCAGUAUGAUUUGGAGUAUGGCACGGCAGAAGCAGAGAUCCAGGAGGAUGCAGUGGCUCCUGGGCAGAAGGUUCUGAUUAUUGAUGAUCUUUUAGCUACAGGAGGGACGCUGUAUGCAGCUUGUGAGCUAAUGAAGAAGCAGCAGGCUCAGAUUCAGGGCUGCAUGGUGAUCAUUGAACUCAAAGACCUGAAUGGAGCUGAUCGUCUGAAACCACACAGCGUGUUCUCCCUCCUUCAGUACUGAGGACCACUGCAGCCUCAGCCUGGUUUACAAGGACCCGGUACAUCUCCUGAUAAUUACUGGCAGGAAGACAAGUAAGCCUCCAGGAACAAAUCAAAGUAUCAGUAUAGCAGGACACAUAAGUGGAACUAGUAAUCCGUAAAGUCUGUACAUUUCAGUUUUUAUAACUAUUCCCAAUUCCUCUUUUUCUUUUGGACCAAAUCCUUCUUUGUUCAUGUGAGAUUUUAUUCCGUUCAAGAUGCUGUAUCUUCUUUCUUCUUCUUGUCACACGUCUCUGCUGUUGCCUCUGCCUGACAUGUGUCAAGUACCAGAAGAAAACCGUUUUUUAAUCUAUAGGAUAUAAAAGAAGAUGUUUGAAAAUGACUUGAUUUCAGGCCUAACCCAUGCUUACCAUGUAAUGUCACCAAAUAAAUUCUGUAUUAUUUGAGCCCUGGUUCAUUUAAUUUUUUUAAAUAAAUCUGUAUUUUGGAGAUGUUUCUCAUAUCAAA